ACGAGCGGACACCCCGUGCUUUCCACACGUUCUUCUUAAUUCACUGUGCUUAUAUUCUUGAACGCCUUCAGUUCCAGGAUAAACCAGUUUAUCAGAAAUGGAUAACUUCUUGAAAGGUGUGAGUGACAAUUUUUCGUCCGACAGAUUCUUUGCUGUUCAGGACAUUCAACGAUGUCCAUUUUUGAGGAACAUCAACGAACCCACAAGCUUCUCUUUCUCUUCUCCAGUAAAUUUCCCCACACCAGUCCGAGGAGCUAAAGGUCCAAUAUUUGAGGAUGGGCCCAAUUUUGAUCUGGCAUUUAGGCUCUUCCAUGGUCGUGAUGGAGUCGUUCCCCUUUCAAGAAGGUCAGUUCCCUCUUCUGAGAUUCCAGAGCCUCCCUAUCCGACUCCUCAAUUUAACCCUUUGGCAGCAAAGGCAGCCACCAUUAGCCUCUCAGCUUUUGGACCUGGUGGGCCCUUCAGCUUCGACACCUUUAAUGAGAAAUGGAAGAAACAAAAGAAAAAGCCCUCCAAGAAGGAACCCUCUAAACAGGCUGACUCUCAUGAGGCCAUGAGCAAUGAUUGGCUUGAGACCGGAAAUUGCCCUAUCGCCAAGUCCUAUCGUGCAGUGAGCCGAGUCCUACCUUUGGUCGCCAAAGCCCUUCAACCACCACCAGGCAUGAAGCUGAAGUGCCCACCAGCUGUGGUGGCAGCUAGAGCUGCGUUGGCUCGAACCGCUUUAGUAAAGACCCUGAGACCCCAACCCUUGUCUGCAAAAGUGCUCGUAAUCGGAGUUCUGGGAAUGGCAGCCAAUGUGCCUUUAGGCAUUUGGAGAGAGCACACUGAAAAGUUCUCUCCAUCUUGGUUUGUAGCUAUACAUGCAGCUAUCCCCUUCAUAGCUAUGUUGAGGAAAUCAGUUUUGAUGCCUAAGUCAGCUAUGGCAUUUACUAUUGCAGCUUCAGUUCUGGGCCAAGUUAUUGGAUCAAGGGCUGAGCGCAGUAGGCUUAAGACGAAGGCACUCUCGGCUGAGAUGAUGGGGAAGGUAGAGAGUGAGGGGAUCGAUGUGGAAACAGGUUUAGAGGGAGUAGAUAUGAUGACAUUAACCGGAGGUUAUAAUGGAGAUUUUAAGAAAGAAGGGAUAACUAAAGCUGGUAUAGAGCAGAAGCAGAUGGAAGCAAUGGGUGUAGCAAAGUUAAGUGUGGAGACCCAGGAAAUGGCAUCAAUGGGGAGGAAGGCAACUUUAACUGGUGUGAGCUUGGAGCAAGUGGGAAGGAAUGAUGGUUUUGUUGGGCAGGCUGUAGAGGCUGGGCGGGGAGGUGGAGGUGGAGGUGGAGCUGGGCCGUGCAGUGUAGCUGUAUGCUUUUGAAUCAUGGGCUCUCUUUCCAUUUGAGUGAUUAAUUGUGGAAUAUUUCCCUGGUGUUUGGGACAUUGAAAGAAUACAAGGAUGGCCUUGUCUAGAAACUACAAAUUCAUGAAUAAGAUAUGUUCAGAUCUGUACUUUUUAUGA